AUGACGGAGGUCGCUUCUGCCGUGAGGCUGCCCUCGCCGUCGCCAGAGCCCGACAUCCAGCGCAAACGCGACCGCUCGCCCUAUGAAGCCGGCCCAUCGAAGCGCUCGCGGACAGACGACGAGGCGGAGAAACCGCGCAUCAAACGAGAAAACGGGCGCCGACACGAUGGAAACGGCCACAAGCCCACCACCGACGAUCUCCCCGAGGACGACUCGCGUCUGAAGCUCUUCCGCAAUGCCUUCAGCGCGAACCGCAAGCUGCCCAUCGAUGACUCCAAGACGCGCGCGGGUGGCGCCUACAUCCCGCCUGCGCGCCUGCGCGAGAUGCAGAAGAGCAUCACGGACAAGAAGAGCGCCGAGUUCCAGCGCAUGGCGUGGGAGGCGCUGAAGAAGUCGAUCCAGGGUCUGAUCAACAAGACGAACACGGCGAACAUCAAGAUGAUUGUGCCCGAGCUGUUCAGUGAGAAUCUGGUUCGUGGGCGCGGACUGUUUUGCCGAGCGAUCAUGAAGGCGCAGGCGGCGAGCUUGCCGUUCACGCCCAUCUACGGCGCCAUGGUUGCGAUUGUGAACACCAAGUUGCCGCAGGUGGGAGAUUUGCUGGUGCGCAGAUUGGUCAUACAGUUCCGGAAGGGCUUCAGGAGGAACGACAAGGCUGUGUGCUUGUCUAGUACCAUGUUCCUGUCGCAUCUGGUCAACGCGCAGGUGGUGCACGAGGUCCUGAUCGCUGAGAUCUUGCUGCUGCUGCUCAACAAGCCCUCGGAUGACUCGGUGGAGAUUGCCGUCGGUAUCAUGAAGGAGGUCGGCGCUUUCCUCGAGGAGAUGAACCCUGCGAUUGCCAACGCCAUCUUCGACCAGCUGCGGAAUAUCCUUCACGAGGCCGACAUCGACAAGCGCACGCAGUACAUGAUCGAGGUGUUGUUUGAGGUCAGGCGGACAAAGUACAAGGAGCAUCCCUCGAUCAGGGAAGAUCUGGAUCUCGUAGAAGAGGAGGACCAGAUCACGCACAGGACCACGUUGGAGGAUGACAUCAAGGUCGAGGAUGGAUUGAACAUUUUCAAACUUGACGCCGAGUACGAGGAGCACGAGGCAGAAUACCAGAAGAUCAAAGCCGAAAUUCUGGGCGAAGAAGAGGGAAGCGAUGAGGAUGGAUACACAGAUGCGUCAUCUGAGGACGAGGAAGAUGAGGAACAGAAACAGCUGGACAUCAAGGAUCAAACCAACGCAGAUCUUGUGAACCUGCGCCGGACAAUCUAUCUAACCAUCAAGAGCAGCGGUGGCUUCGAAGAAUGUUGUCACAAGCUCAUGCGCAUCAACCUUCCCAACGGCCUCGAGAACGAGCUCACAACUAUGAUCGUCGAGUGCGCCAGCCAAGAACGCACAUACGAGAAAUUCUACGGUAUGGUUGGCGAGCGCUUCUGCAAGCUCAACCGGAUGUGGACCGACCUUUUCGAGGAGGGCUUCGCACACUACUACGAAACAAUACACCGCUUCGAGACCAACCGCCUACGUAUCAUCGCGCAGUUCUUCGCCCACUUGCUCGCUUCUGACGGUAUCGGAUGGCACGUCUUCCAAGUCAUCAAGCUGAACGAGGAAGACACGACCUCGAGCUCCCGUAUCUUCAUCAAAAUCCUCUUCGAAGAACUCCUCGCAUCCCUAGGCCAGAAGACCGUCGUCGAGCGCUUCAAAGACCCUAUGCUCCAGGAGAGCCUCACAGGCGUCUUCCCCACCGACGCAGACGACCAGUCCAAGACGCGCUUCUCCAUCAACUUCUUCACCGCAAUCGGCAUGGGCGUGCUCACAGAAUCCAUGCGCGAAUGGCUCAAGACCAGCGCCCCCAAACCCAAACCCCUCCCCGAGCCCGAAAGCGACUCAGACUCCGUCUCCAGCCGCUCCACAUACACGUCCUCCAGCUACUCCUCCCGUUCUCGCUCGCGCUCUCGCUCUCGCUCCCCCCCCCUCACGCUCCCGCUCCCCAACUCCCCGCAAACUCAAAUCCAAACGCGCCUACUCAUCCAGCCGCUCCCGCUCCCCGCCUCCCAAACGCCGCCCUUCAGACUCGGCAUCGCGCUCCCCGCCGCCGAAGCGCAGGGCGCGCAGUCCCUCGGAUUCAGUGUCGAGGAGCCCGCCGCCGCGCAGACGCAGGUACUCGACUAG